AUGUUUCACUUCGGUGUUAGAGGCCGCCUUGUGGCGAUGUCGGCAGUCUCGGCCGCUGCCCCGCUCAAUAUCACGGCGCGCCGUCUGCUCUCCUCUUCCGGCAAUGCGUCGUCAUCAUCAGCGGCUUCGGUGACUGGCACAAGUAUGUCCCCAGCAGGCACCACACGCGCACCUCCCUCUUCCUCAUCCACGUUCACUUCAGCAGGACGGCACAAAGGCGUCAAGUCAAUGUCGUCGCCGCCGGCAACAUCAGCAGCAGUAGGCAGCAUCCACAAGUUCAGCGACGACAAGACAGAGGCCUCCGCGUACGUGUGCGACGCUGACAACGUUCCUUCGUACUCCACUGCUUCGCACAUGAGCUACCUCAUGCUGCACAGCCGCCGACUCUGGCUGCCCCUAGUGCUCUACGCCUGCUACUACGCACUGUCGGCGUACCUCAACCCAGUGCAGGCGGGUCUGUACGCGACGGCCAGCGCUGUGGCACAGCGACUAAGCGUGCACGGCCGCAGAAACAAAGUUCACAAGGACAUGACCGGCUACACAUGCGUCGUGACAGGCGGCACGAGCGGCAUCGGCCUCUACACAGCGAUGCAGCUGCUGGACAUGGGCGCCCACGUCAUCAUCGCUGCGCCUUCUGGAAAGGAGGAGGAGACGAUGGAUUUCCUACAGCGAAACUGCCGCGUUGCUGCGCCGGCUGCAACCGCGACAGUCGCGUCCUCCUCCGCUUCUCCUGGAUGUGAGCCUCUCGAGAACCGUGUCACCUUCAUCUCCAUGGACUACAUGGACCAGCUGGAGGUGAUGGCAGCUGCUGCGCGCAUCAAGGCCCUCGCGCACGACCGCAUCGACCUCCUCGUGAACUGCGCGGGUGUGUGGAAGGAGGAGCCGACCGUGACGAAGCAGAAGUUUGAGGAACACAUCGGCGUCAACUUCCUCGGGCCGUUCCACUUCACCGAGGCGUUGCUCCCGUCCCUGCGCAAGUCAUCGCAUAGGUGCGGUCGCAUUGUGUACGUCACGUGCGCCUCACACAACGGCGUCUCCAGGGGGAACGUGGUGCGUGAGCGCAUGAUGUUGCUGCCCGGCCCGAACGAGUCGCAGAUCACCGCGCGUUGCUACAGUGCGUCGAAGCUCGGCAACAUUUACCAUGCUCAGUCCAUUGCGAACCGCCGCUAUGAAGGCAUCCCGCUGAACCGCCAGAGCGAUCUGCACCCCGUCGAUGUAUGCUGCGCCGACCCGGGCUUCUGCUUCACCUCACUGCAGCAAGCAAACGUGAACCCGUUUCUCGGCAACAACAUCGUCGCCCGCACGCUGCGGUCUCUGUGGAUCAAGGAUGCGUACGAGGGAAGCCAAACAGUCGUGAACUGCUGCGUGCGCGACACGAUCGAGAACGGCGGCUACUACGCCGAGUGUGCGCUGAUGCCAAGUGGGCUCAGCAAGCGCGCGCAAGACCCAAAGAGCCGCGACGAUGUCGUGCACUGGGCUAUGGCGAAGACAAUUGCCAAGUACUACACGGUACGCCCGGAGUAA